CCUUCAGUGCCCACUAUGACUUCAUGCAACUGGUCUGGAACAGGCAGUCAGGUCACUGUCUGCGGCUACCAGGUCUCGCCAGCCACCAUGACUUCCAGGGCCACAAGCCCUUUUGCGUCCACCAUGUCUUCUCCACCUAAGAGAUCCACGAAGCGCAGCCAGGCUCCGGCUUCCACCGCACCCUCCAUGCCCGCCAAGGCUCCCACGCCUCCUGCCUCCCUGAAGACCACCAAACCAGCAAUCCCCAACAGCUCCUCAGUGCCCCCCAAGUCAUCGAUGUCCCCCAACUCAGUCAUCAGCCCGAGCAGUUCCAAGUCCACCAAAUCAACAGGUACAAAGACAGCCCCUUCUAACCGUUCCAGCAGCAAGUCCCAAGCGCGGAGCAAAGUGAGAACGCCCAGCAAGGUGAGCACUGACACCAGGGCCAGCACUGACACCAGGGCCAGUGAAGCCAGCAAGGCCCGUGGCGCAAAACGCCACCAGCACAGAGGUGCGCACAGUCGGGGCCGAACUCCAGGCAGAAGACGACACCAUGGUUCCCGGGGGCCACCCAGCAGGGCCAGCACACCCCGAAGCGUAAGAACGCAUGAGGCCAAGCCAGGCAUGGCCAAAAAGGUGAGAACCGCUUCCCAGUCGAAACAGAGCGAGGGCAAAGGUCACAGCCAGUCUGGAACCAACACCGGGGAAAGGGAUGACAGCAGCCAGCCCAGAACCGUGGGCAGGGAAGAGAGCGGCAGCCCACCAGGAGCACCAGGCACCGGGAGCAGUUCCAAGCUGACCGUAACCCCUAGUAGGGCAAAGAGUUAUAGCCCAACUAGAGGAGCCUUUGAGGAGAAAGUUCACACCCAGUCUCCACCGUCGCUGAGGAAAGUGAACAGUUACAGUCAGGUGACGGCCCCCACAUGGGAGCGGAGUUACAGUCCAACUGGGGUGUCCAACAGGGCCAAGGGUUAUAGCCAGGCCAGCACCCCCAACAGGACCCCAAGUCACAGCCGGUCUAUCACCCCCAACAGUACUCGAAGUCACAGCCCAUCUAGCACCCCCAGCAGAACCCGAAGUCACAGUGGGUCUACAAGCCCCAGAAAGGCAAGAAGUCACAGUUGGAAGAGGACCCACAGCAAGGCCAGAACCCACAGCUGGAAAAGAAGUCACACUAGAGCAAGAAGUCGUACCCGGAAGGGAACUCCUAGCCAGAUGAGAAGCCAAUCUAGAAGCUCUAGAAGGGAAAGAAGUCACACCUGGUCUAGAACCCCCAGUGAAGAAAGAAGCUAUGGCCAUUCUAGAAGUGCCAGCAAAGAAAGUGAUCACAACCGAUCUAGCACUGCUAGCAAGGAUAAAGAUCACAGGCGAUCUAGAGUCCCCGACAAAGAAGAAGAUCAUAGCAGAUCUAGAACACCCAGUAAGGAGAGAGAUUACACAAGAAAAUCUAGAAUCCUCAGCAAGGAGACGGACAAUACAAGAGCAUCUAGAAUCCCCAGCAAGGAGAGAGAUCAUACAAGACCAUCUAGAACCCCCAGCAAGGAGAGCCAACAUAGCCAAUCGGGAACCUCUAGCAAGGAGAAAGGUCACAGCCAAUCUAGCAUCCCCAACAAAGAGAGCAAUCAAAACAGAUCUAGAACCCCCAGCAAGGAAAGAGAUAAUAGCCAAUCCAGAAUCCCCAAUAAGGAGCAAGAUUGCAGCCAAUUUGGACAGUCUAGAACACCUAAAAAGCAGAGAGGCUAUACCCGAUUUGGAACCUCUGGCAAGAAAGGUCACAGUCAAUCUAGAACCUCCAGCACAGAGAGCGACCACAGCCGAUCUAGAACCCCCAGCAGGGAGAGAGGCCGUGGCCAAUCUAGAACUCGCAGCAAGGCGAGAGAUCCCAACCCAUCUACAACCCCUAGGAGUUUCAGUUGGAAGAAAUCUCCUAGCCCCUCAAGGAGUUCCAGUGAGAGCAGAACUCACAGCAAGACAAGGAUCCACUCCCCGUCAAGAUUUCCCAGUGCAGCCCAAACCCCAAGCCGUGAUGACUGUCAAGCUGACAACACAACCUCCAAGGCCAUCUCACCUGGAGAAAGGUCUUCAUCAUCUUCUUCCAAACUGGCGUAACCUCCAGUCUCAGCUGGCUCACGAGUCUCUGUCAUGGCCAGGGGAGGGGACAGGAGACAGGAGUAGAGCAACAGCUGGGCAGCGUCCCUCCCUGGCCAGCUCUCCACAGUCACACCUCCAGUAGCAAGCUCUUCUAACACAGGAUGUUGGCAGGUAGAGAAGGAUGCUGGACAGGGGAGAGAGGAAAGGCCUGUGGUGACUCAAUAAAUUUUUAUAAAGCACU